ACAAUGUUAGGAGCCAUUUUACCUGUUAGUGUUGCUUUAGAAAUGCAGAAUAAUAUGAUGGCAACUAAUUUUGUCGCCAGUAACCAUUGGCGGUCUUUGCUUAUCAUUGGUCAAAGCCAAGUCCAGAGAAAUGGGUUAUUAUUUCAAGCAAGCUGCAAUUACCCAUGCAUCACUAGGGAAACAAGUUCUGUGUGUGAUGACAAAAGAAUUCACUCGGAUUCCACCCACAACACACGGCCUGCCAAGCAUGGAACCUGGAAAUAUGGUGAACAUUACCUUCAAAUAUUGUCAGGAAAUGAAGAGCCUUAGCGAGUUACUUAUCAGUUUCUGCUCAACACAAAAUGAGCUCUUACCUGAUGUGCUUGUGGUGAACAGUUUAAAUGAAUAUAAAAGUAGCAAAAAUUAUCUCUCUAAUACCCAGUAUGCCAGUAUAUUAUCCCUUCUAUCUGAAACAGUGGAGUACAUUGGAAGGAGGAAGCAGACAACUGUUUUAUUAUAUGUAAGUCUAAGUCUGGGUUUGACACAAGAAGAACAAAAAACUUGGAUAGAUCUUGUCAAACAAUGGACUCAUGAAUUAUGGAUCUUGGAAGGGAAUGCAAAUCGACUGGUAUGUGGCCACAUACAAGUUCAGUUUACUGUACUUGGCUCCAAUAUGUUCCUCAAAACCGUUUCAGAAAUAGAUUAAUUUAUGAGGC